AUAAGAUUAGUUAAGUGUGUAUACUUUACCUCGUUAACCUGUGUUCACUUACAUUGUAGUGUCUUCUUUUGGGGUUUUUUUUGCCAUUACUUGCUUUCUUGGUAACAUUUUGAAACGUGCUGCCUGUGAACACACCCGCCGCAGGCUCUCUCAGCGGUAGUUUUGGAUUGGUUAGACCAGUGCUGGAAGAAAAUGGGAGACGACUUGGGUGAUGAGUGGUGGAAACACGAGGGUAACUCAGAUGCGUCUGAGGUUGAGGAAAUAGAGGAGAAACAGCCAACAGAGAAACUCAACAAACAGACAAAAACAGGAAAGAAGAGGAGUCUAACAGAAAAACCACCCAAGGCCAAGAAGAAGAAAAAAACUGAACAGAAAGAGUGUUUAGUUCCUCAGGAGAAGAAACAGAAUGAUGGAGACAAAUCAACAAACACCAAAAAAAGGAAGAGGAAGAAGACGAUUACGGACGUCUUGGCCUCCUCUGAGCCGAAACCAGGCUGUCCAGCAGACCUGCAGAACCUAGUCACACAAUACUUCUCAGACAAGCGUUCGGUAAUUGAGCUGGAAGAGCUCAAACUGCAGGACUCCUGUUUCCUGGCCAGUAACGAUUUAACGCACAGCCUCUCCUCAUAUCUCAAAGAAAUUUGUCCCAAAUGGGCGAAGAUCCAAAAGCAACACACAGAUAAGAGCUCGGUGGUUCUGCUCAUCGUCUGCAGCUCUGCUCUGCGAACCAUUGAGCUCAUCAAGCAGCUGACAACCUUUAAGGGUGAAGCUAAAGUAUUGAAGCUAUUUGCGAAACACAUCAAGGUAGAAGAACAGGUGAAGCUGCUGCAGAAAGGCAUCACCCACAUCGGAGUGGGGACACCUGGCAGGCUCUGUGCCCUCAUUGAGAGAGAGGGUUUGAACAUCCAAGCAUUGCGCUACCUGGUUCUGGACUGGAACUGGAGGGACCAGAAGCGCCGAAGGAUGGUGGACAUUCCUGAGGUCAAAUUGGACUUCCUGAGGCUGUUGGAUAGUGGUAUUCUGAAAGGCUGUAAAGAGAGCAAAAUCAAAAUUGGUCUCUUUUAAAUGCACCUUUUAAACUUGAGUGAUGUUGAUACUUCACACAGUCGCUUGGUGUUAAAAGUAUCAAUGCAUUCUUCAUAACACAGGGAGAGACCUCUGGCCUGUGUGCAUCAUCCUGUUUGUUUUCUCUUUGACUCAGUGUGAAGCUAGUGUUAUUCUUUUGCUAUUUUCAGAGACCAUGUCAAAUGUGUGAUCUUGUUUUGUGACUCUUGUAGUCCAACAUGAUGUCCUAGUGUGAUGGGUUGAAUAAACGGACUCUGAAUGAAACCAA